AUGGAGUUUGUCAACUGGGACCAGGCCGAUCCGGCCCCCAUCCCCGGCGUCGAGAUGCUGUCGUCCGCUGGUCAGCAGCUCGACGAUAUUGACCUGGCGCUGGCCAACGUCGAUGGCGAUGACUUCUCGUUCUGGGCAUUGCAGCACUUUGAGAACAAUGUCUCCCCGACCAUGAAUGCCAACGAGGAGAUCCCCAUGCCCACGGACAGAUCCACCCGGACGUUCGAGGACCACCUAGAGAUGGCCGAAGCCCCGUGCCACAACUGCCAGUUGGGUGGUUACCAGUGCAAGCGGAUCCCAGAGGGUCAGUACAAGGGCUAUUGCACUAGCUGCGUCGCCCUCCGCUGUGAAUGCAGCUUCGGUCUGGCAUGCGCUUUUCCUUCCAACCCAUGGCCGGUCAUGGGAGACCAUCCCAGGAUGCUUCGGGAGGAGAAACACUGUGAGGCCCAUCAGUCGUCCUCCGCUGCCGACCUGCCGGGGUUGACUUCGACGUCCGGCGCCGACAACGCAUGCCCCAAUGAAGGCCCGAAAACCAAAGCCGGUGCCCGUUUCUCCAGAGAGUCCGUCAAGAUCUUGAAGAACUGGCUGUCGACACAUAGCAAGCACCCCUAUCCUAAUGAUGAGGAGAAGGAGAUGCUCCAGAAGCAGACGGGUCUCAGCAAGACCCAGAUCACAAACUGGCUCGCUAACACUCGACGCCGAAACAAGAACGCAGUCACCCACAGAUCAACGUCGCCCGGCGUGCGAAGCUGGGCGAACCCCAUCGACAUUCCUCAGAGACGGAGAACGCCGGGGUCGCUCGAACACAUGAAUCCGCUGCAGCGUUGGCAACACUCUCCCCCCGAGAACGAACCCGCGUCCGUGACAGCUAUUGCCCGCGCCGUCAACUCCGCCUCGAGCGUUUCCUCCGGUCUCAACAGCCCCUACAGCGCCAACUUCACCGAUGACGGUUCUGGCCGCUCACUUUGCGAUUCCAACAUCAGCAGUGCCAACACGUCGCGCUCCCAUUCGAGCGCGUCGGCCUAUUCAUAUGGAUCUCGCGGUUCAUUCGGCUCCGGAGGCUCCAUUCCCCGUGGACGCAGGCGGAGGAGGAGAAAGGCCCCAGCCGCGGCAACCACCACCCACACCGGCCCGGCCAAGACCUUCCAAUGUACUUUCUGUACCGAAACUUUUAGGACGAAGCAUGACUGGCAGCGUCACGAGAAGUCGCUGCACCUGUCGCUCGAGCGAUGGGUGUGCUCCCCCAACGGGCCGCAGGCUUUCAACCCCGAGAAUGGCCAGAUGUCGUGCGUCUUCUGCGGAGACCCGAACCCGGAUGAGGCACAUAUCGACAAUCACAACUACUCGGCCUGUCAGGAGCGGACCCUCGGCGAGCGCACCUUCUAUCGCAAGGACCACCUGCGCCAGCACCUGAAGCUGGUUCACGGCACCAACUUCACGAGCUGGUCUAUGGAACAGUGGAAGGCCACGACCCCCGAGAUCCGAUCCCGCUGCGGAUUCUGCGGCACCGUCAUGGAUACCUGGUCCAUCCGCAUCGACCACCUCGCCGCGCAUUUCAAGGACGGUAAAUCCAUGAAGGACUGGAAGGGUGACUGGGGUUUUGACCUUCCUGUGCUCGACAUGGUCGAGAAUUCGAUUCCUCCCUACCUCAUUCACGACGAAAGAAACUCGCCAAAUCCUUAUGAAGCAUCCCGGCCCUCGGUGGCUUCAGCACGGCAUGCUUUCGACCUCAUCAAAUCGGAAUUGACAUUUUACGUCGAUGACUGGUGCGAGAGGGAGGGCAAGCCUCCCACCGACGAAGAACUGCAACGCGCUGCUUGCACUCUUAUAUACGACGUAGAAGAAGUGUCUGGCGCCACUGAAAACCCUAAGGCUUCGUGGCUGCGGGACUUGAUCUUCUCGUCCGACUCCCUGGCACAAGAGGCUAGGUGGACUAAAGUGAAGGGAAUUGACUGCUGGCAGCAGCUCAAGAUCAACGGCAAGACCAACAUUUUCGAGCUUGACCCAAUGGAAAACGAGCUCCACGAGUACGUCAAGGCGAGGCGUCUGCUGGGCUUGACCGCCAUGGACGGCGAGCUGCAGGCUGAGGCGUGCAAAAUCAUCCGCCGCAUGGAGGAUAAUUCCAACCACGUCGUCCAAUUCCUGGUCCGGCUUGCGGAGAGUUCGACCGAAUGGCUGGCCGAUUUCCGGCAGCGGGCUCAUUUGCCGCGAUCCGAAGACCUGGCCGACCCGGGAAAGCGAUCCAAGGACCCGACCACCAUCGACUCAACGGUCCACAACUUCAGUCGGCUCGAGUUUGAGCUCGCUGAGUACGUGCGCGUAGAGAGGACGCUCGGCGUGGAACCCACCGAUGCAGACUUACAGAAGCAGGCCCGUAUGAUCAUCUACGAAUUCGACGACGCAUGGAAUCAAACUGCUGCCGACGAUCCAAUCUGGCUCUCAGCUUUCAAGCAGCGACAUAUGGCUGCUUCCGCCACCAGUAACCCGUGGGGCAACGCCCCGCUACCCAUUGCUACGACGGCCGAGUUGUGGUGGCCGUCCGCCGUCGCCCCGAAACGGGGUUCAUUCGGACGCGCGCCGUCCCCUUUCUCCACCGGCAGCGGCAGCGGCAGCGAUAGUGGUACCGGUGCAUCCCAGACAGUCCCCCACAAGACCGGCAUCAGUGUCUUCAACCUUAGCGACGCCAACUGCUAUCAUCGCCUGGCGCGCGAGCUCAAGAAAUGGGUCGCCUCGGUCAUGUCGCCCAACAAUCCCAACUGCCAUGUCCCUAGCGACGAGGAACUCCAACACCAAUCUCGAUGGAUCAUUUACGAGGACGACGACCCAUGGAAUCAAACCGCCGCCGAUAAUUUCGAAUGGCUCCGCCGCUUCAAGCGUGAUGUCGGUCUCCUCACCGACCCCACCCUCCCGGGCCUACCCAAUACCCCCGCCUGGAACAUGGCCCAAGGCGGAUCGGGCUUCUCCCCGCCUUACGUCUUCCCCAGCGCCGCGAGAGCUACCCAGAUCCCCCUCCCAGCCAUCCCCACCACGACCACCACCGCCGCCGCCACUAACCCCACCCCCUCCACCGCAACAGCCAGUGCCGGGCCGGGCCUAAUAAACGUCGCCGUCUGCGAAGGUGCCAAGCCCAUCCCCACGGCCGGCGCCACGGCGAACCGCUUCAUGUGCGGACUGGGCGAUCCCAAACGCCACGAGCCGCCGGCCGUCGUGUUCUGCUCGCGCGAGCUGGAGCGCGACCUGGCGGAUUUCGUCACGGGCGCCGUGCUGGUCGGUGGCGCGGCGGGGUUCCCCACCAACGAGGCCGUGCGGGAGCGCGCGCGCCGCUUCCUGAACGCCCAGAAGACGCCUGCUGAUGAUGAGGUGCUGCUGGGCCGGUUUGCGGAGGUUAUGAGGCGGAGGCUGGGGUUGGGGUUGGGGCAGCAGCAGCAGCAGCAGACGGGUUUGAGUGGGGAUGGGAAUGUGGAUGGGACUGGGGGGUUGGGGUUGGGGGUUGGGAUGGCGACCGUUCCGGCUUCGACUGAGAUGGAUUUCUCGGCGCCGUCGGGGAUGAAUGCUUUGGAUGUCGAAGAUAUGCAGAUGGAUUUUGACUUUGGUGAUCUGGGAGAUUUCAUGGGGGUUGCGACGGGCGGGAUGCCGAUGGACCAGCUUUGA